GUCGUUGCAGCGAGAUUCCAGGAGUCAGAGCGUGAUCGCGCGAAACGCCGCGAAAGAGCGGAAGGGCUCGAUUGAGGGCACGCCAUCGUCAUCCUCGAGAACCGAGUGGUACGACAAGGAAUCGGGCGCGGCCGCGAGCUACGACGAUCGCAAAUUGCGACCCGGUUUCGCCGGCAACGGCGCGUCCUCGAACGAUUGGAUGAUAGACGAGGCCUCGAAGAGUCACUCGCGCAAUCUGUCCGUCGCGACAACGUCAUCCGCGAGGUUGACUCGCGUCCCAAAGAAGCCACCGAGAGAGCGGAGAACCAGUCAGGACGACUGGAAUGACAGCACGACCACGCCGAUCGCCGCGGACUCGCGAAGAAGCAUUCUCGAGUGCGACGUGAAUCCGUAUCUGUUGUUGAAGAAACAAAAAGACGAGGACGAUCUAAGCGACGAUCUGUCGGACAACGCGCUGGAGCAGGACGAUCACAGGACGACGCCGUCGUCCAGCCUGUUCGAUCCUUCGAAAGUUAAGUCGAUCGAGAGGAUACCGAACAGAAGCGCCGUCGCGGCGAUCGGUGGCCAGCGGAUCAGAGUGUUCAACGAGAGACCCAGGGAGAUCUCGGACGACGAUGACGACGUCGUAUCGCCGCCGGUCACCAGGAUUCCGAUCCCAAAAGUGUCGCCGAAAAGACCACCGAGGCGGCUGAAGGAGGCUCGUCAGACGCUGAAGAGCAUUCUGAAGCGCGGCCGAGUGAUCGAAAGUAAACGAAAGAACGUGCUGUUUAACGUCGACAACGUAAUAUUCGCUCCCGAGAAACCGUCCGAAGCGACGCGAUUGUCGUGGAGCAGACUCGGCAGGAUCGCCAAUUGCGGCAAGGAGCAGCGAACCAACAGCCCCGAACCCGAAGAGGAAGAGGAGACGCCGAUCGUGCCGCAGGAGCAGCACGAGAAACGUAACUUCAUUACAAUUCCGAACAUCAAGGACCCGAAAGUUGACCGGGUCAGAUUGAAGGAGCCGAAAAUCGUGCCGGAAGUGAAGAAGACCGCGCCACCCGGUCCCGACAGAAUCAAGAUAGACAAGUUCGUUCCGUCCAAAAAGGAUCGUCCCGUCACGAAGCAGAACGAGAGUGGCAGCGAAACGCGAUCUUCGCUCAACAAGCUGCUGUCUUCUUCGAAGAUCAAUGUUUCUACAAACGAGACGAGGAUAUUACCGGAAGAGAGAAGAUUGUCGGACGAGAGUAACGUCAGGCCUGAAGACGAGACCGAGCUGGAGAUCGAGAUUGAGGAGCUGAAGGAUCGUCUGCCGUGCAUCGCCGUGGACGAGAAGGAUCUAAUCUCGAAGUCCGAAGUUGCAGAGAACUCGAGAAAAUCCUUCUUGACGCGAAGUCAGAGCGAUCGGUCGUUCAGCAGACCGGAAGUUUUGGCGGGCGACGUGCUGUUCUCGGACACGAUGCGCAUCAGCCUCGGCAAGAAGCUCAAAGAAUCGUCGCCAUCGUUGUCCGAUACGUCCGCAGUUUCGCACGAGGAAGUAAAAUCGCCAAAAAGAAAGGAAGAUCUUCGCGAGACGGAGGAGAUCGACGAAGAAGCGAGUGCCGCCGAGCUUAAGGAUUCCAAUCUCCGCGAUGCAAACAGAAACGUUCGAGAAGACUCCGAGAAGAGCGGCGACAAUGUCGAGAAAGAGGCCGAGCCGCCGCCAGACGCACGCAGCGACAUUUCCGACCUGAGCAACAACGAGCAUUUCCGCACGAUGAGACCCACGAGCUGGUCGCCGCCGCCCGGCAGGCAGCGGCAUUGCUUCAAGAUCGGCGACUCCAACGCGGAGCUGGACGACAACUCGAUCAGGGAUCACCGCCGGACGAUUUCCUCGACGUCGACCGCGUCCUGGAACUCGACGAGCUCGUACGGAUCCUCGAAGAUCGAAAUCAACUCGCCCGAGAGUAACGUUUGCAAGAUCACGGUGAGUCCGCGCUCGUCGCCGCUUGUACAUCGGUUGCAGAUCGGUCCGGAUUCCGGGCCGAAGGGCGCGAGGAGAACGUCGAUCUUGAUCAACGGCGAUCACAACGCCAACGCGGAACCGACACCGGGUAACAAAGUGACCAUCAGCGUCGGCGGUGAGGACAGCGUGUGCAAUCCGACGGUGAUCUCCGUGAACUCGGACAAUCCGCCGAAGAUUCAGAGCUCCGCCGAGAAUCGCACCCUGGUGAUACUCGAGAAUUACAAGUCGAAUAUCGUGGUCGAGUCCGCGAGCGACAAUUCGCGGCAUAAGAUCAACAAUCGUAUCGAGAACGCGGAGACGAAUUCGAAGACGAACGACGAGGGUGGACCGUCGUUGUCCAGCGAGGAAACCUCCUCGCCGAGUCAACAACCGGCGACGAAUUUCGAGAAACAGAAUAGAUUGAGCGUUGAGAUCAAAUCCUCGAAUUCCAAUCAGUCCGCGAGAUUUUACACAUCUGAUGAAAAAACGACGCGGCCGGAAAUCAAAGCGCGACUCAAGGACGUUGAAGCCUCCUCUCCCAAAUUAUCCGGAUUAUCGAAGGAGGCUCUGAUCUCGAAGCUGCUCGACGAUUCCCUGCGAAAGGCGCGCGAAAACGGCGAGAUUCUCGACGAGGACAGCGGCCAGGUUAUCGUGAAGAUUCUGAAGCAGAGCUUGUUGAAGAGCAAAGAGUACGAAAGCUCCGAGUCCACCCUCGAGGCGAACUAUUCGCGAUCGUCCAGUCUGAACUCGGACGGCGGCGACUUCAUCUCGACGAAUCUCUUCCUCGAGGAAAACCCCUACGAGGUGAUCAAGGAACCGAUUUACGAGGAGAUACCCGACGAGCCGCCGCCGCUGCCUCUGAGUCCGCCACCCACGGAAGACUACAUCAAGGACAGAAUAUAUUUCGGCGACGUCGAGUAUUACAAGAAAGUCACGCCGAAUCAAUUCCUCGGCUCUUAUCUGUCCGAGGAAGUUUUCAAAAAGUCCAACUCGGCGGAUCUGGCCGAGGCCUACUUGUCCAAAAGUCCCGAGGACUUCUUCAAGAAGAUGUCGACGUCGCCCGAGGACGAGAACAACAUCUCCACCAAGUUCGAGCUGUUGAACUUUCUGAUGGACUCCAAGGAUCGCGCGCGACCCGCGGAGGAAGACGAGGACGAGGAUGAGGACGAAGAGGACGAUGCCGAGGGUGAUCUGGAAGCUCUGUACGAGCAGAAGGAAACCAGCCUGGGCGAUCUAAGCUCCAAGAGCUCGCAGAUCUCGAACGUGUCCGACAGCAGCGAGGAGUGCAACAUCAUUCUGACGAACUCGCCGGAGGCGUUAAAGUCGAGAACGGUCGACAUAGAGAGAACCGACAGCGGAGUCGGGUCCGAGAGCAGCCAAGCCAGCAGCACACGUGGUGUUGCGAGACGCUGGAGGUCGGGUAACGUCUCCUCCGGUCCCGGAAGUCUCAUAAAUGGAAUGCCGCAAGUAAUUUCCGGUGCCACGAAGCUGUGCGAGGAUUGCGAGCAACGACUUGAUCCUUUGAUAACGGACAGCGGCGUGGUGUACGCGCCUUUCGUGUGCAGGAAGUGUUCGAAGAAGCGGGCGGAACGCAAAGAGAUCAUCACGGAAAUCGUGGAAACCGAGCAGAAGUACGGCAGAGAUCUGCAGAUCAUUCUCGAAGAGUUCCACCGACCGAUGCUGAGAGCGGGGUUGCUCACGUCCGAGCAACUGUCGGCGAUCUUCCUCAACGUCGAGGAGCUGCUCGAGCACAAUCUUGUUUUGGCCGAGAAAUUGAAGGAUAGCGUCGAACUUGCUCAGGCAUCUGGAGACGAGGAUCUUUUGACGGUGGACGUGGGAAAGAUUUUCCUCGAGUCGGAAAGGAUGCUCCACGCUUUCGAAAGCUACUGCACGCGCCAGGGCGGCGCCAGUUUGUUGUUGCAAAAUCUGGAGAAGGAAAAGGAGCUUCUUCGCAUCUUCCUCAGGGUCUCCCAAAUGGAAAACACGGUUUUGCGAAGAAUGAAUCUCAACUCCUUUCUAAUGGUUCCUGUUCAAAGAGUUACGAAGUAUCCCCUUCUGCUGGCACGUUUGCUCAAAGCGACACCUUCUGUUCGACCUGACAUUCAGGAAGCGAAGAAGAGACUCAAACAAGCUCAAACGAAUAUAGAAUUACAUCUGGAACACAUGAAUGCUGAGGCAAAAGACGUCACGUCCACAAAAUUGUGGAGAAGAAUAUCAAUCAUUCAGAACGGCAGGCGGUCUAUCGGCGAGCAAGAUAUGGUGAAUAUCAAGCUGAGAAAGAUGGCCGUCGAGAUUUUGGAAUGGGCACACGAGGAAGCCAGGUUCAUUCUCGAAGGCCGUCUUCUGGUGGCGCAACCGACGGACAAUAAUUGGAGACGCGGUCGAACUGUCAAACUCGCGCCAGUCACCGCCAUGCUUGUCACAAACGGCAAACCGAACGUCGACUAUCCCGAAUUCAACGACUCGCUAUUUCCGAAGCACAUCGGCGUCAAGGAAGCUACUCUACUUUUGGUCAAGGAGAAACUCGGACGAUAUUCUUUGUUACGCGAGCCGCUAUAUCUCGACAAGUGCAUCGUGUGCUGUGAAACGGAUCUCGAGGAUUAUUUCGAAAUACAGGAAUUGUCUUCCAAAGAGACGUUUAUAUUCAAAGCGGAAGACGGUGCGAGGACGAAAAGGUGGUGCAGAACGUUACAGGCACACGCGCAGUCGCUUGGUGCUUGGCGUAAACGUCGAGGAGCUCUUCCUAACAUCAUGAUCUGCGGAGUGGCGAGAAAUUAACGAAAACUCUUAAAUACUCUACUAAGCGCGCAUGGAAUAUUAAUUAUAUCUGUCGUAUUUAACGCGCGCAGAGCGAUAUUUUUAAGAGAGAAUAUAUUUCCAUAAGCUAUAUAUAUAUAUAUAUAAGCGUGAAAAAUCCUAAUGAGCGAUCACAUAAAUUCGUGUAUAUGAUCUCCAAGUGAAUUAGUAAUGAUUUAUUGAGAGAUAGAAAGAGAGAGAAGGAAAGAGAGAUAAAGGAGAGAGAACGCUGGACCAAAGGAUUUCCUCGGCUCGCCGACGCGCAACUACUGUCGGCGAGUAACACGAAAAAAAUCUAGUUCUUACCGAAUCCAAGGUAUAUAACGUAACUCUGUGUGUAUGUGUGCGCAUUCGGUCGUCACAGUACGUUGCAGAAACUUGAAUUUCCUACGUCACUGUGAUCAGACCCGUAACGUCAAAUCGCGCAGAAUUUUAUUUCCUAAUUAUAAUAACGUUAUAAGUACGCAUAUACAUAUAAUAUAAAAUGUACGUUUAUGCAAACGCAUAAGACUAUUUAAUAAUCUAUAUAUGAAAAAAUCUUCAGAAAAAAAAUGACGAGUAGCUGUGAUAUCGACCGGUGUAUUGGGUAUCGUUUUCUCUUAUGAAUUUAACAUACGCAGAUUAUUCGACGAGUGUGUCAAGGCAAUUUAAACUGUGUCUUGUUUACCAUCCGCGAUGUUUUUUUUUAUCAGUAUCGCGUAUUACAAAAAAAAAGCCGACAAUAAUAGAAUAGAUAUAU